AUGAAGUCCUUCGUUACCCUUUCUCUCCUUGCCACUGCGCUGGCUGCCCCGACCCCGACUCUGCACGGGCGUCAAUUCGAUAUCUCUUCUUUGCUGUCGGGGUCCAGCUCUGGCUCCAGCACCUCCUCUGGAUCUAGUGGUCUGAGUGCCCUGGCCUCGCUGUUCCCGACCAGUGGCUCGGCGACCGGCAGCACCACCGGCUCGUCCGACACCAGUGGCAGCGCUAGUGGGAGCACCACUGGCACCACCACUACCAGCACCGACAGCAGCAGUGGCCUGAGUGCGCUGAGCUCCUUGUUUCCCAGCAGCAGCGCCACUACCAGCUCCUCUAGCAGCAGCGAUGGACUCAGCGGUAUGAUCAGCAGCGUCAUGGGUGGCUCUAGCACCCAGAACGGAGUCACCUCCAACACCGGCUGCAAGGAGCUGACCUUCAUCUUCGCGCGUGGAACCACGGAGAUGGGCAAUAUGGGCAGCGUGGUCGGCCCUGAGGUCGCCUCGGCCCUGCAGUCGCUGACCGGCAACAAGGUGACGGUGCAGGGUGUGGACUACCCCGCCGACUGGGCCGGUAACAUGAACAUGGGCGCCUCCGGCGGCCCCAAGAUGGCUAGCCUGGUCAAGCAGGCGCUGAGCCAGUGCCCCAACACCAAGGUCGUGCUGGGCGGUUACUCGCAGGGCUCGAUGGUGGUGCACAACGCCGCCAGCUCGUUGAGCGCGGGUCAGAUCCAGGCCGCCGUCCUGUUCGGUGACCCGCUCAAGAUGACCUCGGUCGGUAAGCUCGCCUCCAGCAAGGUCAAGGAGUUCUGCGCCGUCGGCGAUCCCGUCUGUGAGAACGGCGUCAAUGUCAUGGCUCACUUGUCCUAUGGAAGCGAUGCCCAGACGGCCGCGCAGUUCUUGGUCAGUGCCGUCGGGCUUUCUUAG